AUGGCAGAGCAGAAGCCGCCGAUGGUCGCCCGCCGUUCGCAGAAUCGUAGAUGGUGUACGCAAACGUACAACUGCAGCCGCUGCCGGGCGACCGGUGUCAAGGUCGAUGACAUGAUGUGCAACCUCGAGAAACUGGAGACGGCGCUCGGCAUGAAGAUGGACGAAUUUACCGGAAACUUCUCGGAUUUGCACGAUCAAGUUCAAGCCGCUUCCGAAUGCUACAAGUGUGUGCUGAAGAAAAGCCUCGGGGAACCGCUGGAAAAGAAGCAGAUGUGGAAACCGCUGGAGAACAUCAUGAUCGAAUCGCACGCCAAGGAAAUUGGCCACCAGUCGCAGGGCGGCUCGGAGGAAUUCCUGAAGCGCCUCAUCAUUUUCAAGCGGCUCCAGGGGCAGCACGAGGAGGCCAUUAAGAAAGGCGACGAGUUGCGGCUGAAAAUCGGGGAGUCCAAGUCGAUUUCCGAGUACGAGGUGGCCAUCGAGAACUACGAGCGCUUCAUGGAGGAUUUUACAUGUCUAUCUGAGGAAAUGGCCGACGGCCUGAAUAUUGGCAGCAAGAAAUUUGAGGAACUGAUCCGUUGCGGCAAAAUCGGCACCCCCGACACGAAGCCGUCCACCAGCGGGCUGAGCAACCAAGCCCCGCCCCCGUAUGAAGAAACGGAAGCCGUGCAGGUUCCA